ACACACACACACACGCUGGUGAAGACUCUCUGAUGGUCAGCUUCACUGUGUGUGUGUUCAGACUCCGCUGAUCGCAGACAAAUUCACGGAUAAACCAUGGCUUCGUCAGGCGACACGAGACUGACAGCAGCAGGAGAAUAGUUGGAGGACAUUAUCAGGUCAUUUUUCCAGCUGGAGUCGGUUCAUUGGUGAUUCAGUGUUGACGUCAUCCAGUUCAGCUCUCCUCCAGUGAUGUCUGCGUGAUCAGUCCAGUUUCCCCAGGAAACAGGUGCGGGUCUAUGGAUCUUCCACCACCGAGAUUGUCUAUGAGACUGGUGCUGGUGGGAAUCACUGGAGCAGGUAAAAGCUCCUCCGGAAACACCAUCCUGGGCAGACAAGCCUUCAGAGUCCUCACAAGCCCUUCAUCUGUGACUAAAGAGUGCUCGAAAGAGACAGAGGAUGUGGCUGGAAGAGAGAUCACAGUAGUAGAUACACCAGGCAUGUUUGACACUGAUAUUUCAGAGGAGCAGCUCCUGAUACAGAAGAUCAGUAAGUGUAUAAACAUGACAGCACCUGGACCUCACGCCAUCAUCCUGGUCAUUAAAGUGGAUACGUUCACCGAGGAAGAGAAACACUCGGUGGAGAAGAUCAGAGCCAUAUUUGGAGAAGAAGCAGAUAAACACACCAUCGUCCUCUUCACUCACGGAGAUGAACUGACCGGCUCUAUUGAAGAGUUCAUGGAAGCCAACGAGGCUCUGCAGGAAAUCUUGAGUCGCUGUGGGGGAAGACAUCAUGUGUUCAACAAUAAAGACAUGGAGGAUCGUAAUCAGGUGGUGGAGUUCCUGCAGAAAGUAGAUGCUAUAGUCACUGCUAAUGGAGGAGAACAUUACACCAGUGACUCUUACCAGGACGUGGAGCUCAUGCUGAAAACUAAACCAGAGGAACUGAAGAAGGAGUAUGAGAAGAAACUACAAGACAUUCAGAGAGACCUGGAGGCCAGAUUUACUGAAGAGAUGAAGAAACUACAGGAGAGAAUAGAGACACUGACAGUGUCGGAGCAAGAGAAAGAAGAGAAGAUCAAAGAGCUGGAACAACUGAACAAGUGUAAAAUGAGAGAGUACAAGCGUUAUUAUAAAACCAAGCUCAGAGAGGCCAGACAGGAGGCAGAACAGACCUGUACUCAUCCAAAUAUAAUACACAAGAUCUUCCAGAAGAUUCUCAAAAUCAAACCUUAAUCACAUUCUGGUAAUAUGUAUAUCUGUGUUAGCCGCAGUCAAACACACCUGAAGCAUCGAGGAUUUCAGGACUGUUGAUAAUUACAGACAGGUGUGUUGGAGGAUUUAAUUACAUUGGAACUGAAGUCUGCAGAACAGUAACUCUCAAUACGCUUACAAACCCCUGAUAUACAGUAUGUGUAACAUUUGUAAUAUGUAGAGCCCUAAAAGCCCAAGGGUGAGCAAAAAGCAAGCAGGCAAAGAUCUGUUCGUGCCAUUUGGUUUUAAAGCAAGCCAAUUUGGGCCUUCCCAGAAGCGACUGUCCCAAGCAGACACUGUUGCAGGGCUUAGCCACACCCUGUACGGUUCCUUUCCCGUGCAUAAAUUAAAAAGCUGUUUAAUUCAUCAAUGUGGAUUUGUCUUUCUGUUUCUUUUAAUAACUUCUAUAAAGUUUCGUAACAUGCGUAGGAUUCCAGAUUUCACCAUUUCAUUCAUACCAAAGUAGUGCAAAUAAAAUUAGCUUUCCUUCAACACUAAUCUUUCCAUAUCUUACACAUACACUCACCUAAAGGAUGAACACCUGUUCAAUUUCUUAUUAAUGCAAUUCUAUAAUCAACCAAUCACAUGGCAGUUGCUUCAAUGCAUUUAGGAGUGUGGUCCUGGUCAAGACAAUCUCCUGAACUCCAAACUGAAUGUCAGAAUGGGAAAGAAAGGUAAUUUAAGCAAUUUUAACUGCCAUCAGUAUCCUUGCAUGAUAAUUUCAUAGGAACUUCCCCCUCACAUUGUGAAAUAAUAAUAAUAAUAAACUUUAUCUUAUAUAGCGCCUUUAAAAGUAGCAUCUCAAAGCACAUUACAUAAAAAAAAUAAAAAUUAAAAGAAACAUAUGUGCAGGCAGUAAAAUCAAAAAAAUAGAAAGCCAUUAUAAUAACAAACAAAGUAAUCACAUGAAUCACAUAAAAGCUAUCCUAAAAUACAAUGUUUUGAGGGAUGAUUUAAAAACACUAAGGGAUUCUGCAUUCCUAAUCUCAGAGGGCAGGGAAUUCCACAAUUUAGGAGCCAAAGAAGAGAAAGCCCAAUCACCCAUAGAUUUUAGCCAUGUUGUUUGGAUAGGUAAAAAAACCAGCUUCAGAAGAGCGUAGAGCACGUGUAGGAGUGUAGGGGGUUAAAAGCUCACACAAAUAUUGAGGGGCCACAUUAUUCAAGGCCUUAUAAGUGAGCAUGAGAAUUUUAAAAUUAAUAUGAAAACUAAUAGGAAGCCAGUGCAAUUUUUCCAGGCUAGGUGUGAUGUGCUCCCUUGCACUGGUUCUAGUCAGAAUUCUAGCAGCUGAAUUUUGUACCAACUGUAAUUUACUCAGGAUAGCAUUAGAAACUCCAGCCAGCAAUGCAUUACAAUAAUCAAUGUCUGAAAAAACAAAAGUGUUGAUUAACUUUUCAGCCACAGAGAAAGUCAACAUGGGACGUAAUUUGGCAAUGUUUUUGAGAUUAAAAAAAAUAUGCUUUAAUGUCAAAUGUUAUAUUGGCAUCAAAUAUCACCCCCAGAUUUUUUGUUUGGAAUUGUAAGGCAAAGCCAUCCACAUUUAAGGUUAUGGAUGCAACUGAUGAGGUGAACCAAUAAGCAUCGAUUUUUUUAAUGGACUUGUAACAAUGUUACAUGUUAAUUUAAUGGCCAAGUAUUUAACCUUGUACAGUACAGUAGAAAGUAUACCCACAGUACAGAAGUACAGUAGAAAGUGUAUCCACAGUACAGAAGUACAGUAGAAAGCAUAACCAAAGUAUAGAAGUACAGUAGAAAGUAUACCCGCAGUAUAGUACAGUAGAAAGUAUACCCGCAGUAUAGAAGUACAGUAGAAAGUAUACCCACAGUGUAGUACAGUAGAAAGUAAACCCUCAGUAUAGAAGUACAGUAGAAAGUAUUCCCGCAGUAUAGAAGUAUACCCGCAGUACAGAAGUACAGUAGAAAGUAUACCCGCAGUAUAGAAGUACAGAAGAAAGUAUACCCGCAGUAUAGCAGUACAGUAGAAAGUAUAGUUCAAGGCCUUAUAAGUGAGCAAGGCCUUAUAAGUGAGCAUGAGAAUGAGAAUUUUAAAAUUACCCGCAGUAUAGAAGUAUAGAAGAAAGUAUACCCGCAGAAUAGAAGUACAGUAGAAAGUAUACCCACAGUACAGAAGUAUAGAAGAAAGUAUACCCACAGUACAGAAGUACAGUAGAAAGCAUAACCAAAGUAUAGAAGUACAGUAGAAAGUAUACCCGCAGUAUAGUACAGUAGAAAGUAUACCCGCAGUAUAGAAGUACAGUAGAAAGUAUACCCGCAGUGUAGUACAGUAGAAAGUAAACCCUCAGUAUAGAAGUACAUUAGAAAGUAUUCCCGCAGUAUAGAAGUAUACCCGCAGUACAGAAGUACAGUAGAAAGUAUACCCGCAGUAUAGAAGUACAGAAGAAAGUAUACCCGCAGUAUAGCAGUACAGUAGAAAGUAUACCUGCAGUACAGAAGUACAGAAUAAAGUAUACCCGCAGUACAGAAGUAUAGAUGAAAGUAUAUCAGCAGUACAUAAGUACAGUAGAAAGUAUACCCGCAGUAUAGAAGUACAGUAGAAAGUAUACCCGCAGUGUAGUACAGUAGAAAGUAAACCCUCAGUAUAGAAGUACAGUAGAAAGUAUUCCCGCAGUAUAGAAGUAUACCCGCAGUACAGAAGUACAGUAGAAAGUAUACCCGCAGUAUAGAAGUACAGAAGAAAGUACACCCGCAGUAUAGCAGUACAGUAGAAAGUAUAGCUGCAGUACAGAAGUACAGAAUAAAGUAUACCCGCAGUACAGAAGUAUAGAUGAAAGUAUAUCAGCAGUACAUAAGUACAGUAGAAAGUAUACCCGCAGUACAGAAUACAGUAGAAAGUAUACCCGCAGUAGAGAAGUACAGAAGCAAGUAUACCUGCAGUAUAGAAGUACAGUAGAAAGUAUACCCGCAGUAUAGUACAGUUCAAGGCCUUAUAAGUGAGCAUUAGAAUUUUAAAAUUACCCGCAGUAUAGAAGUAUAGAAGAAAGUAUACCUGCAGAAUAGAAGUACAGUAGAAAGUAUACCCGCAGUACAGUAGAAAGUAUACCCGCAGUACAGAAGUAUAAAAGAAAGUUUACCCACAGUAUAGACGUACAGUAGAAAGUAUACCCGCAGUAUAGAAAUACAGUAGAGUAUACAGUACAAUUAUAAAAGAAAGUUUACCCACAUUAUAGAAGUACAGUAGAAAGUAUACCUGCAGUAUAGAAGUAUAGAAGAAAGUAUACCCGCAGUACAGAAGUAUAGAAGAAAGUAUACCCGCAGUAUAGUACGGUAAAAAGUAUACCCGCAGUAUAGAAAUACAGUAGAAAGUAUAGCCGCAGUAUAGUACAGUGGAAAGUAUACCCACAGUAUAUAAGUACAGUAUACUUAUACUUAUUCUAUACACAGUAUAGAAGUAUAGAAGAAUGUAUAUCCACAGUAUAGAAGUACAGACGAAAGUAUACCGGAAGUGUAGAAGUACAGUAGAAAGUGUACCCGCAGUAUAGAAGUAUAAAGGAAAGUAUACCCGCAGUAUAGUACAGUAGAGAGUAUACCCGCAGUAUAGAAGUACAGUAGAGAGUGUAUCCGCAGCACAGAAGUGCAGAAGAAAGUUUACCCGCAGUAUAGAAGUAUACAAGAAAGUAUACCUGCAGUAUAGAAAUACAGUAGAAAGUAUAACCGCAGUAUAGUACAGUAGAAAGUAUACCCGAAGUACAGUUGAAAGUUUACCCACAGUAAAGAAGUACAGUAGAAAGUAUACCCACAGUAUAGUACAGUACAAGGCCUUAUAAGUGAGCAUGAGAAUUUUAAAAUUACCCGCAGUAUAGAAGUACAGAAGAAAGUGUACCUGCAGUAUAGAAGUAUAGAAGAAAGUUUACCCACAUUAUAGAAGUACAGUAGGAAGUAUACCCUCAGUAUAGAAUUAUAGAAGUAUACCCGCAGUACAGAAGUACAGAAGAAAGUAUACUCACUAUAUAGAAGUAUACCCCCGCAGUACAGAAGUACAGUAGAAAGUAUACCCGCAGUAUAGAAGUAUACCCGCAGUAUAAAAGUAUAGAAUAUUACCCACAGUAUAGAAGUACAGUAGAAAGUGUACCCGCAGUAUAAAAGUACAGUAGAAAGUAUACCCGCAGUAUAGAAAUACAGUAGAAAGUAUAACCGCAGUAUAGUACCAGUGUUAAUUUCGUUGACGAAGACUAUGACUAAAAAUAUUCGUCAACUAACC